GGGCGUCACCGCAAUACUCCUCUUGUGUUGUGACCACUGAUCUGUUGUUGGGACAGGUACCCUUAUGAUGAAAACGUAGGAAGUAAACUGUGAGAAGAUUCUUCAGAAAAGUGCAAAAUGUAUCAACAAGUGAUCCAACAGUCUAUGCAAGAAGCUAAAAGCAGACAUGAUCAAGGGAUGCAUCCAGGGUAUCCAAUGUCAAACGCAAGUGCACCACCCUACGCUAAUAGUCCCUACAAUGGCGCGGCACAUUUCGGAGCAGGACCAACAAUGCAACCUACAUCAAAGGUUAUGUUGCAUUUGGCCUGUCGCAGUUUAAAAGACUGUGACAUUUUAUCAAAGUCCGAUCCAAUGGUUGUUGUUUCUAUCGAGAAAAGAAAUGGCAAAUCUUCAAAAUACUUCGAAUUAGGCCGUACUGAGGUGGUACAAGACUGCCUAAAUCCUGACUUUGUAACGGCAAUCUCACUGGAUUACCACUUUGAAGAAUUACAAAGAUUGCAGUUUGAAGUUUAUGAUUCGGAUUCUGCUUCAGCAAAGCUGAGCGAACAUGAUUUUAUCGGCAGGGCAGUUUGUACUCUUGGUAGCAUUAUGGGAGAAAAUUCAGGAAGGUAUCAGAAAGAUUUAGAAACAAAAAGUGGGCAAGGUGGUGUUGGUAAAAUAUUGAUCACAGCAGAAGAGGUAAGCUCAUGCAAGGAUAUCUUAACAAUCAAAUUUCGUGGGAAGAAAUUGGAUAAAAAAGACUUCUUUGGGCUCUCAGACCCUUUUCUAGUUUUAUACCGUUGCAAUGAAGAUAAUUCUUACACUGCAGUCCACAAAACAGAGGUUGUAAAAAACAGUUUGAAUCCUACCUGGCAAGAAUUUUCAAUACCAGUUGCUGUGCUCUGUAAUGGGGACUAUAAAAGAACAAUAAAGGCAGAAUGCUUUGAUUGGGACAGUGAUGGGGGCCAUGAUUUGAUUGGAGAAGCUUACUUUGAUGUUGAUCAGCUCAAAUCAAAUCCAAAUUACUCUGCUGAGUUCAUAAACCCAAAGAAAAAAAUUAAGAAGAGAGGAUACAAAAAUUCAGGGCACUUGUAUCUUGUGAGUUUUGAGAUCACUCCAAGGGCAUCUUUCUUGGAUUAUGUUCAACGAGGUACUGAAUUAUGUUUUAGUGUUGCUGUUGACUGCACUGCUUCCAAUGGCAACCCAGCCCACCAAUCAUCUCUUCACUUCAUCAACCCAUAUCAACCAAAUGAUUACAUAAAAGCAUUGCUAUCAGUUGGCCAGAUAUGUCAGGAUUAUGAUUCUGACAAAUGGUUUCCAGCCUAUGGUUUUGGUGCAGCUGUGCCACCAGAUUUUAAAGUCUCACACCAAUUUGCUUUGAAUGGGACAGAGAACCCAAAUUGUUACAUGGUAGAUGGAAUAAUUCAAGCAUAUUCUGCUGCUAUUGCAAGUAUAAAGCUAUAUGGUCCAACAAACUUUGCACCAAUUAUCAAUCAGACAUCUUUUAUUGCAACACAAGCAGAAAAAAGUAGCCCUGGAGGAAAAUAUUUCAUUCUUUUGAUUCUGACGGAUGGUAUAAUUUCUGACUUUGAUCAAACCAAAGAAGCAAUAAUCAGGGCAUCAACUUUACCAAUUUCAAUUAUCAUUGUUGGCAUUGGACCUGCUGAGUUUGAUGCAAUGGAAGAAUUGGAUGCUGACAAAGUCAAGUUGCAGUACAGAGGGAAAGUUGCAGAAAGAGAUAUUGUACAGUUUGUUCCAUUUCGAGAUUUUACUAAAAAUGAUGGUAUUGCAGGCGAGGCACUUGCCAGGGAGGUGCUUGCAGAAGUUCCGGACCAAUUUCUUUCAUAUAUGAAUAAGCACGGGAUAAUGCCAAGGGUAUAAUAGAAAGUUAUACAAGCAUAUCACACAUGUUGCUUGCUCUAAACCCAUUGAUUGCCAGAAGCAAAAAUGAGAGAUAUAAAUUAACAUUUGCUUAGAUAUUUUAUCACAUUGUAUUUUAAGCAUUCUUGUUUUCAAGGUCAUUAGGGCUCCUGGCAUAUUCAAAUGCUUAGAAAACGACUUCUUAUGGAAGAUUAAAGCAAGCUUUCAUAAAUGCAAAUGAAUAAUAUGUAUUAAAUUAUCGUGCCCGGCAAAUAUUCACAGACCCCAUAUGAAUGUAAUUUGUGGAGUAAAUUUAAUUAUUAGGCUUUACCCAAGCAAAGACCAACAAAGCAUCAGACCAAAUUUAAACACUUGAAUUUCUGUAAGGUCUUUUACUGAUUCAUAUGUAAUUUAGGAAAGCUCUUCAUAUUUGAAGGGGGCUUUCAUGAAACAACAUGGCUCAGAGGGGGAUAGGAAGCUACUCUGGUGCAUGGGGUCAUGUGCGUUGAACAUGAUCAAUCCUAGAGAAAAGGCCUGUGGAGCAUAUUACAUAUAGAGGGGGGCUAAACAAUGUUUUCAGGGUAGGGGCCCUCAAUAUGGGGAUGGAUCAGGAAUGACUAUUUCUUAGCACAGGCAUACAUAUUUCAUUUGAGGACCCUGUCCCUACAGUUACAGCUGGAAUGCUAUCAUUAAAGCGUUUACUAAAGGAACAGUAUCUCAACUUUCUCAAAAUCUAUCCAGGUGUUGCAAGUUUUUAUUUUUAUCAUAAAAAUUUUUUGCAAAUGUAUUGACACAAAAAAUUUAGGAAAUGUAUUUAACAAAGAACGCAUUUUUACAAGAACGUUUAUUCAUAAAAUUCAACAUUGUAAUUUGGAUGGGGUUUAAAUGUCUAUUUUUAUGGUUGUAAUGUAUUUUUAAUUUUGGCCAUAUUUUGUAAACCAAGUUAAAAACAAGUAUUAGUUCAUCCUGUAGUAAUCGCAUACACACAAAAUAUUUUUUCAUUUUCUUGAAACUGAUUAAUAUGUUCGUAUAUUCCAAAAAUUUCCAAGACAAGAGAAAACAUAUUGCAAUUUUAGCAAAAUGAAUAUAGAUCCAAAAGUUUUGAAAUUUGAUGGUGCUCUAACCUCCUCCUGCUUCCCAAUUUCUUAUGACACAUCUUCUUUUCUAAACUAAAAUCAGCAAACUUGAACUUACCUCCUUUCAUUCUUAAUCUCCAGCUCUGUUUGGUCCUGUACUAUAGGCUCCUGGGUCAUUUCCUGGAAUUAUCUAGUAAGAAAAGGUGAUGAGAUCAGAGUUUUUUGAAGUUUUUUAUUGCUCUUGAGAUAGAAUGCUUGAAGUUGCUAAGGAGAAAAUUUAAUACAGUUAUUACAAAUUUUUUUUUAUUCGAUUAGAUUUAUUUGAUUCAAAUGCACUGCAAGUAUUAAGUAAAAUUUGUGAACCAGGGUGAGCCUUGACAGUGGCAGUUUCGGAGGAGAAAUGUUGGAAUCCCGAAAACUCUCCAAACUAUUAUUCGGCUGUUGAAGCAACCUGUUUGGUAAAUUGGCAUUUCACUCAUAUUUAUGCAUGCUUUCACCAUGUACAUCGAUAAUACACACAGGUUUGUCACAAAAACCCCUACCCUGAAAAAUGUCCAACCUUUAUUCGUCACUUGCCCUAUUUUAAGCAUGUGGUGUUAAGCAAUUAUAUAUAUGAUUCAAUUUUCUCUAAAAGUGCCUGUUUCAUUCAGUCCUUUUCGUUUUCAACACGUCUUCCUGAUAAUUCCUAUUAUGUAUUAUUCGUGUGAGGUUUGGGGCCAAAGGGAGCGUCCAACUCUGGAAAAACUACACUUGCAAGCCUGCAAAUAUGCUCUUUGGGUCAAAUCGUAUUGCAAAGACCUCAGAUGUAAUUUACCCGGAUUAGGCAGAAUUCAUAUAUUAGCUAUGAGGCAUAUUGCCAUGAUUGAAUUUGUCUUUAGAUUAUGUAAUUAAGUCCUGAAAACUACGCAAAACUCGCUUUCCUUAUGUUAUCAGUAAAUGCUUUGACUGGUAUUAAAACCUGGAUUUCAGAUACCAAGGAACUGUUCACAUUCUACAACAUUAAUGUCUCUGAUAGUGUACCUGCUAUUGAAUAAAUCUAAAGUAAUGCUUCACUGCAUCUCAAGCAUCAUGAAAAGAAUUAAAGGCCACAUCUUUAACGAAAAGAAGCUACGGACCAAUGCGCUAUUCAAAAU